AAUUAAAUUUCAUCGUAAUUGGCAACAGUUGAGCUCUUUGCUCAAAGCUAUAGCUGAGAAGAGAAAUUCUUAGUGAAGAAUGUCAAAUCGCAAGUUCGGAAUUGAAGGAUUCGGCAAUAAUCGACAAACUAGCUACAGUUUCGAGCGAUCUCAAGCACCACCACAACGUCUCUACGUCCCUCCGUCGUCUCGUGGCGGAGACAACUCCGAAGAUGCCGAUCUAGAUAACAUUGAUUACAUAGAAAACGAAGAAGCUGAGGAAGACAUUGAGGAAAGCGGUUCUACUGCGGCUAACGGUGGCGAGGAUGAUGAGAUCGAUCCAUUAGAUGCUUUUAUGGAGGGAAUUCACCAGGAGAUGAAAUCUGCUCCACCUCCUAAGCCAAAGGAGAAAUUGGAGAGGUACAAGGACGACGAGGAUGACGAUCCUGUUGAGAGUUUCCUCAAGGCCAAGAAGGAUUUGGGCCUGACACUAGCCGCCGAUGCGCUUAACGCAGGUUAUAACUCCGACGAGGAGGUUUACGCUGCAGCCAAGGCGGUGGAUGCAGGGAUGCUAGAGUAUGAUUCCGAUGAUAAUCCAAUUGUUGUGGAUAAAAGGAAGAUUGAGCCGAUUCCAGCUCUGGAUCAUAGCUCCAUCGAUUACGAACCAAUCAAUAAGGACUUUUACGAGGAGCUGGAAUCAAUAUCGGGAAUGAGUGAACAAGAAACUUCGGAUUACCGACAGAGAUUAGGAAUCCGUGUGUCGGGUUUUGAUGUUCAUCGGCCAGUUAAGACCUUUGAGGAUUGUGGUUUUUCGUCACAGAUUAUGAGUGCUAUCAAAAAGCAAGCUUAUGAAAAACCUACAGCAAUCCAAUGUCAGGCUUUACCUAUUGUGCUAUCUGGUAGAGAUGUUAUUGGCAUAGCCAAAACUGGUUCAGGUAAGACUGCAGCGUUUGUUCUUCCCAUGAUUGUUCAUAUUAUGGAUCAGCCGGAACUUCAGAAAGAUGAAGGUCCAAUUGGUGUCAUAUGUGCUCCAACCAGAGAAUUGGCUCAUCAAAUCUUCUUGGAAGCGAAGAAAUUUUCGAAAGCAUAUGGCUUACGAGUUUCUGCUGUGUACGGUGGAAUGUCUAAGCAUGAACAAUUUAAGGAACUCAAGGCGGGAUGCGAAAUAGUUGUUGCUACUCCUGGAAGGUUAAUAGACAUGCUGAAGAUUAAGGCUUUAACAAUGAUGAGAGCCAGUUAUUUGGUUCUUGAUGAGGCAGAUCGGAUGUUUGACCUUGGUUUUGAGCCACAAGUAAGGUCUAUCGUUGGCCAGAUUCGUCCUGAUCGCCAGACUUUACUCUUUUCAGCCACUAUGCCUUGGAAAGUUGAAAAGUUAGCUAGGGAAAUCCUUUCAGAUCCUAUUAGAGUCACAGUUGGUGAAGUGGGGAUGGCCAAUGAAGACAUUACGCAGGUUGUCAUUGUAAUACCUUCUGAUGCUGAAAAACUUACUUGGCUACUUGAGAAGCUCCCUGGAAUGAUUGAUGAGGGUGACGUUUUAGUCUUUGCUUCUAAAAAAGCCACUGUUGAUGAGAUCGAAGCUCAGCUUACUCUAAAUUCUUUUAAAGUUGCUGCUCUUCACGGUGAUAAAGACCAAGCAUCACGAAUGGAAACAUUGCAGAAGUUCAAAUCUGGAAUCUACCAUGUGCUGAUCGCCACUGAUGUUGCUGCCCGAGGUCUUGACAUCAAAUCGCUUAAGACAGUGGUUAACUAUGACAUUGCAAGAGAUAUGGACAUGCAUGUACAUCGUAUUGGUAGAACAGGCCGUGCUGGUGACAAAGAUGGGGUUGCCUAUACACUUGUUACGCAGAGAGAGGCUAGAUUUGCUGGUGAAUUGGUGACUAGUCUGGUUGCAGCUGGUCAAAUUGUGCCUCCAGAACUCAUGGAUCUCGCCAUGAAGGAUGGACGAUUCAAGUCCAAGCGUGACGGGAGAAAAGGAGGUGGUAAGAAAGGCCGAGGAGGAGGUGGUGGAAACAAAGGAGUACGUGGAGUUGAUUUUGGUCUUGGUAUUGGAUUUAGCUCGGAAUCUAGUGGGACACCAUCUUCUAAAGCUGCACCAAGUAGAAGCGGGGCAAUCAAUUCAGUGAGAACUGGAGUAAUGGCCCAAUUCAAGAGUAGCUUUGUCGCUGCAACGCCAUCGAAUCCACAAAGCCAAGCUUAUCCAAACAAGAGACCAUCCCUAAUGGGCUUUGUCUCGGGUGGUACCAUUGGUGGGGACAUGGGUAGAACUCAGAGUCAAGCUCCCCCAGUAGCACCUACUCAAAAUGCCUCGUUACAUAACUCGAGCCAGAAUCAUUCACAGAGUUCUGAGAAUCGGCCUAGAGAGAGGAAGAGGAGAUCUGGUUGGGAUAAUUGACUGAGCCACGUUUUGCAUGUUAGUGGAAGUGUUUUGCACAACAAUGUAAUCAAUGUUGUAUAAUUUGUUUUAUUCUUCUCGUUUCAACCUUCAAAUAUAUAAAUUUUCCAUUC